AUGGAUUUUGUGCCUUUGGACGACAAGAGAUACAGGUAUGCCUUCCACAGCUCAGCCUGGCUGGUGGCAGGCAAGGCGGACCCAGCCACGCCUGGUCGUGUGCACUUCCACCCCGACUCACCGGCCAAGGGUGCACAGUGGAUGCGCCAGAUUGUGUCCUUUGACAAGCUCAAGCUGACCAACAACCUGCUGGAUGACAACGGCCACAUCAUCCUCAACUCUAUGCACCGCUACCAGCCCCGCUUCCACGUGGUCUUCGUGGACCCACGCAAAGACAGUGAGCGCUAUGCCCAGGAGAACUUUAAGUCCUUUGUCUUCACGGAGACCCAGUUCACGGCCGUGACAGCAUAUCAGAACCAUCGGGUGGGUCAGGCCACAGCUCAUGAGGCAGCUGCCAGCCCAUUUCACAGCGGGGAGACUAAGAUCACUCAGCUGAAAAUUGCCAGCAACCCUUUUGCCAAGGGCUUUAGGGAGAGUGACCCGGACUCCUGGUUCUCCACCUUGACCCCUGCCCCCAUUCCCGCUUGCCACACCUUCAGGACUGUAUCUCCAAGGCCCCUGCUCAGCGUCCCAACCCAGAGUCGCAGCAGCCUCAGCCCUUGCCUGCUGAAGGGCUCCCCAGAGCAGGAGAAAGACCCCAACAAAGCUCCAGCCUUCACCUCCAGGACCCCUGCCAGGCUCCACCAUCAGCUGCUGGCUCCCCCUGAGGCUCUCCUGGCCCCAGCCAUCUACCGGCCCCUCAACUACCAGGGCCUGUACCGUGGAGCCUCAAGCCGCCUCCGAAUCCCAAGGGCCCGGCCAACACCAUACCCCAUCCCCAAUAUUCAGGAUGACAGGGCAUUAAAUCAUUUGGCAUGA